AUGGCCGACCAACAAGCAAGCAUCAGCUCCAUUUUGGCUGCACUAGGUAAUGACACUCUCAGCGCAUCCCUUGAAUUUGAAGCUUACCAGAAUAUAGCUGCGCAACGCCCAAAUACCGUCCCUCAGAACCAGCAGCCUUACCAGCAGCCUCCGCAACAGCAGCAACCUAUCCAACAGCAGAAUCCUUAUGGUGGCGGUGCAGGUAACUAUCAAUUACCACAACCCACGAAUUCGGGCAGCGUAGACCUCAGCAAUAUCAAGCCAGUUAGCUCAGGAACCGUCAGCAUCAAUGAAGCAAUUGCGAAGGCAAAGGCGAUCGCGGAAGAGAAGGGUGUAUACAAUCGACCACCUUCUUACGGCCAAGAUACCCGCGGAUCUGGUGGAAGACCAUACAGAAUUUCACGAUCGCGAUCACGCUCCCCACCACCUGCACGACGAGACGCUUUCCGCGACAACAUCAACCCAUACCGUGACGAGCGACGAGGCGACCGAGCACCACCGACUCGAGAGUAUCGUGAACGGUCCUUCUCCCCUGGUCCUAGAGGUCGAGGUCCUGCUGGCGCAUUCUCACCAGCCCAGGCAGGCGCGAAUUAUCAACGAGAGCGAUCUCCUGCACGGGGCGGGGACGACAAUGAAGAAUCUCUUACGAUCGAAUCAAAUCUGGUUGGCUUAAUUAUUGGUAGGCAGGGCGAAAACCUUCGGCGCGUAGAGUCGGAGACUGGUUGUCGCGUACAGUUCAUCACCGGUCCUGAUGUGACGGGCCCCUUCAGACAAUGCAAAAUCAUAGGUCCUCGUGCAAGACGCGGCGAAGCUAGAAAGGAAAUCCAACGCAUCAUUGAUGAUAGUGGUAUGGCCGGAAAUGCUCGCGCAGCUGUCCCUACCCGCGACGCUGGUCCAUCUACCGGCGCUCGGUCCACACAUCAGCCUGCCCUGAGAGACGGCGAGGACAGUAUGCAAAUUAUGGUUCCUGAUAGAACAGUCGGUCUUAUUAUUGGUCGUGGUGGAGAAACUAUUCGAGAUUUGCAGGAAAGAAGCGGCUGCCAUGUCAAUAUUGUUGGUGAGCAGAAGAGUGUCAACGGUUUAAGACCUGUAAACUUGAUAGGAAGUCGUGAGGCAGCAGCUCGAGCGAAGGAUUUGAUUAUGGAGAUUGUCGAAAGUGAUAGCAAGGGCACUACAGACAAAGAACGCGUUCCAGCCAAGAGAGAGCCUGCCAGAGACCCGAACUUUGGUGGCAACUAUGGAAACGCAGCAGGUGGUGACAAGGUCAACGAUUCAAUUUUUGUACCCUCGGAAGCCGUCGGAAUGAUUAUUGGCAAAGGAGGGGAGACCAUCAAAGACAUGCAAAACACUACGGGCUGUAAAAUCAACGUCUCGCCGUCAUCCGGACCUGGAGAGGUAGAGCGCGAAAUUGGUCUGGUUGGAUCUCGAGACGCUAUUAAUGCAGCAAAGCGUGCUAUUGAGGAUAAAGUUGAAGCCGUUGUGAGUUUCUCUUUCUCUUCGCAGAUUUUGCAAUUUGCUAACAAUUCGCAGGCGGCAAAGAAUGGCGGCGGCGGUGGUGGAACUGGACGAGCUCGCCCUGCCCAGAAUGACCAUGGUGACAGAGGUUAUGCUCAGCAAUCAUACGCCCAACAACAAUCGCAACCCCAGGCCGCUCCUCCCGCCAGCGGUGAAGAUCCUUAUGCAGCUUGUAAGAACUACGUGUAUCAACGGCUUAAGACUGCAUUGCUAACUUCUAUUAGAUGGUGGGUACCAGGCAUAUGUAGCUCUUUGGUAUCAAGCGGUGGCCGCGCAACAAGGACAAGCGCAGCCCGACUCAUCAAAACCCCCCGGAACUUCAUAAGUGACGCUCACACACUUUCUGGAUCAUUCUGGAUAGCCGAGAUACCCCUUGAUCGCAUGAUUUGCAUGACUUGCACAUAUUUUCGCCUGACUGUAUUGAGACCAUGAAUUUCGACGGUGGAUCGAUAUGACAUGCUACCAUGCACUUGAUGACGAAUUGCUUGCUUGCUCAUCCAUUUCUCAUACUUCAACCUUUCUUUCGAUAUAGGGAUCCAUUCUAACUCGAUGCUGCCAACCACGAUCUGACGUGCAUGAACGACACUUACAUUUGGGAAUUGCUAGGCGAUGAACUGCAUUGACUUGACCAUACUUGACAUGACACAUCGCAUUCAGUAAUCAUGACUACACAUGCGUGCUGCUACCUUCGAUUUGUUCAUUCCUGGCGAGUCUCUCUACAUGGGUUUACUGGUAUAUGGACUUCAAAUGGCUCCGUCUUGCAUAAAAUUUGAUAUAACCGUCGCGCGUUGAGUCAUGAAUUGCCCCGAGGAGUAUCUUCUGAAGAAGGAUCUUUCAGAUUCGCGAUCGUCUUGCCAGCGCUAGCGGUUUGAACUUGACUUUGCUGCUGCUUUGAUAUGCUUCACUGAUAAUUUAACCUUGCACUCACCCGAUAGGUUACUUCAGCGGUUUAGGAUCAUUUGAUGCCCCCGGGAGCUUACUAGUGUGUACGAUAGUAUCGAGAAAUAGUAAUGAAUUGAGUUUUGGUCUUCCAGUUUCU